UCACAGCCAUGACAGUCACACAGUCACAUCACAUUCACAUUGUAGCAUUGUACAUGAGCCAACUACGUGAAGUACGUACACCGUAAACAAUGUAAAUAUUGUUAAUUUCCUUAGCAGCCUUUGCAGGAAAGAUAUUUUUAUAACAUAUUUGUAUGUUGUAACUAUUAAUGAACUUAAUUGGCAUUAUAUGUUCCAUUAAAAGAAAUGGCAUUGCCUCAAAAGAAAUACUAUAGGCAACGUGCACAUUCUAACCCCAUUGCUGACCACUGUUUUGAAUACCCGGCUCACCCAGAUGACUACGACUGGUCUACCUUGUAUCCAACACUCAAGGAUAAUGACAAAAGAGUUGAAUUCUUAGAUGUUGGUUGUGGAUAUGGAGGCUUGUUAGUGACUUUGUCUCCUAUGUUUCCUGACAACCUCAUGCUGGGAUUGGAAAUAAGAGUGAAGGUGUCAGAUUAUGUCAAUGAUAGAAUAAAAGCACUAAGGAUACAGCAUCCCAACCAAUACCAAAAUGUGUCAGUUUUAAGAACGAAUGCAAUGAAAUAUUUGUGUAAUUUCUUUCACAAAGGCCAGCUUAAGAAGAUGUUCUUCUUAUAUCCAGAUCCCCAUUUCAAGAAAGCAAAACAUAAAUGGAGAAUAAUUAACAAAUGGUUGUUAUCAGAGUAUGCUUAUAUGCUAGCAGAGCAGGGUAUUGUAUAUACUAUCACAGAUGUAAAAGAUUUGCAUGAUUGGAUGGUGACUCAUUUUGAAGAUCAUCCUUUAUUUGAGAAGAUAUCCGAUGAAGAAUUGAAAAGUGAUCCCAUUGUGGAAAAGCUCUAUGAAAGCACUGAAGAAGGUCAAAAGGUGACAAGAAACAAUGGAGACAAGUUUCUCGCAGUAUAUAGAAGAAUUUCUGAUGGCAUGGCAAAAAUCAAAAAUUCUAACUAAUUUUUCAUUAAAUAAAACAGUAUUUUGUACUGAA